UACAUCAAUGCUAUCAGUAAAUGACAAUAAUUCAGCCUUGAUCGAUACGAAUAAUAGGUCAUGGUCGAUGAUGCUUGGAUCACCUUCAUUGAUGCCGUUGACACAGCCAGCAACUAGCACUACUAUGGAAUCUGAUGAAGAGAAUCCAAUAGCUGAUCUUAUGUCUUUGUAUUCACUUCCUGCCACAUCUUCGUCGACAAUGUCACAGUCGGAUCAGCAUCUUCAUUCUAUGCUACUAAUGGCAGCAAUGCAUCAUCAGCAACAACAAUCUUUGGCAUCGAUCCCUACAAAUGUUGCUACAUCAUCUGGAUUGGUCACAACGCCAACCCUCAGAACUAGUCGAACAACAAAGUCACCAAAAUCGAUUGCCUUUGAUAAAUACAACAGGAUCUUCGUCCAUUAAUCCAGCAGCUUAUCAGCAUCCAAUUCUUAUGAUGCGUAUGAUGAUGGGUAAUCCUUCAUUUUUGGACCAUCUAACAGCACCUGCCACAUCUACGUCAAGUGGAUCGAUACUUUCACCACCAAACUCGGUAAAUGUAAAUAGAAUAAUUUCAUCUCAGUCGGAAUCAACUACCGAGUGCAAAGAAGCCGCUGAAACAACUGCACUCAUGUCACCAGGCAUCGAAGAGCCAUCAACCACGACGACCACUAUCAAGUCUAGUAAAUCCUCGGCCAAACCUAAAUGUGCUAAGCGACGACAGCGUGUUGUAAACGGAACUGGAAAGUCCCGUCAGUUGACCAAAUGCUAUUCAAUCAAUCGUCGCUUGGUCGAAUCGACCGUGUCGACUACAUCAAUUGCUUCGAAUGUUGAUCAGGAGUCAUUAUCAGACAAUCGAUCUACGAAUCCUAUUUAUCGAUGUCAUCUCUGUCCGUACACCGGAAAUUCCAAGCUUCACUUCAAUGCUCACAUGAAUACUCAUUUUGAUCAUCGUUGUCCUCAUUGUGACUAUACAUCGCGAACCGAAGGACGCCUGAAGCGUCAUAUACGAGAUUUUCAUUCUGAAACACCACCCGAAACCUGGACUGGUAGCGGACGAUUGUUAGAUGAAUCGCUUGAAGGUGCUGAAUUAAUAUUUGAUCCGGAUGGAUGCAUGGAAAUGUCGGCCGGUGGCAAUGGACCAAAUCCUGCUCGAAAUCGAAAAUAUCGUUGCAAGCAAUGUGGCUAUGUGGCUAUGGACAAACACGAUUUCUGGGAACAUUCCAAGGAUCACAUCAAAUCAGAUCGUAUGCUGGCAUGUCCGAAAUGCAAUUUUGUUACCGAAUACAAGCAUCAUUUGGAAUAUCAUUUACGUAAUCACUUUGGUUCAAAGCCAUUCAAAUGUGCCAAAUGCAACUAUAGCUGUGUCAACAAAUCGAUGCUUAAUUCGCACAUGAAAUCACAUUCAAACAUUUAUCAGUACCGAUGUGAUGAUUGCACUUAUGCCACCAAAUACUGCCAUAGUCUCAAAUUACAUCUUCGCAAAUACAAACAUCAACCAGCCACUGUGUUGAAUUUGGAUGGCACACCCAAUCCAUAUCCGGUCAUUGAUGUUUAUGGCACACGAAGAGGACCUAGACCUAAAAAACCAAUUGCGUCAUAUACAACAUCAAAAUCAAUUAGGUCCAAAGUAAUUAAAAAAAAUAAUGAAUCAAAUAAAUGUAAAGUGGCCACUCAACCAAAAGUUGAUAAGUUGAAAAACAUGGCUACAUCAUCUUCGUCGGUCGAUUUGAACAACAAAACACGACCACUUGAAAAUACUGCAUCACAAUCAAUCAAUAAAUCGAACGACCAUCAUGACAAUGAAAAUGAUGAUAACGAACAAGCACAGAUUACCUAUCUCCGAUGUAAUUAUUGUUCUUUCCAGACAGAAUCGAAACCCGAAUUCAGUAAUCAUAUGCUAAACCAUGUGGUCAAAGAAAAAUUGUCAUUGCUUAACAACAAACGUAAGCACUUGCAGCAACAACAACAACAUCAAUCAAUAAAUGAUCACAGUGAAGAUCAGAAACAGCCAGAUCAAAAUGGUGAUAAACUAGUAUCUAAUGAUCUGGCGCUUGAUCUUAGCAAACAGGAAUCACAAGACCAGCUCCAAAUGAAAUCCAGUCAGGAUAACCCAUUUUCAUCGUUGCUACAAAAUUUCCUUGAACACCAACAACAAUCACAAUCAGAACAAGCAGAUAUACGACUACCGGUGACGACGACCAGACAAUUUAUACAUAAAAAACGCAAAGGACAAGCUCGAAAAUUACUUCCGCCUUCUGCUACCACACUGGAUCUCAUAUCCGAAUCGGAAUCAGUUUCCUCAUUGCCAUCUUUAUCCCCCUCUUCCUUUGAUUCUAGCCCUACACCGACCAAAGAGCCUGACGAUGAUGAGGACGAAUCGAUUCGAUCAGACGAUAUUGUCGUCGAUGAACAAAUGAUUGAUCAGGACGAUCAUAACAUGGAUGAUGAGUCACAACUUUCGGAAACAUCGAUAAUGGAUGAUUUGCCAUUGUUAACAAAUACAUCUUUAACCAACGAUCAAAUUCAAUUGUUUGAUUUUUACAAUCAUCAACAACAACAACAAAAUGGAACGGACAUCCAACAUCCACUUCCACCAACGCCAAUCAAAUCACCUGAAGCCGAUGACCAAGCCGUAUUCAAUUUUGACAUGACAAUCGAUGACCAAAAAAGUGACUGCCACAAUAUUCGCCCCAUAGGUUCGACAAUGCCCGAAUGUGAUAUAACUCAACUAAAACCUGCAUUAGUUGCCGCCCUUAAUGAUUCUUCAAUGGUACAACCGCUGCUUCAGUCCAACAGUAAUUUAAUGCAGAUGUUAAUGCAAUUGCUUUCUACAUCAGCCAGCAAUACUUGUUCCGCUACACCUUCUUCGUCGUCAUCAAUGUCACUAUCAUCUUCCUCCUCAUCUUCAAAAAUAAAUGAUUCGAAAGCUAUGGCAGCAAUCAUUUCAAAGGGUGUUGGUUCGUCGGCAUCAUCAUCAUCAUCAUCAUCAUCUUGUUCUAAGUUGCCCGACGCUAUGACUGCCACCACGAUAUCAUCUUCGUCGAAUGGAGAAUCUAUUCAGAGCAUUGAUUGUUUAGCAUCAUGUUCCACUAGCAACCAAGAAGCUGAUACGAUCGCCACUAAUCUUAACAGUGCAACAGCGGCAGCAGCUUUAGCUUUGGCAACUACAUCCUCAUCGACGCCCAACGAAUCUCUCACUAAUGUAAACAGUCUGAUCACAAAAAUGCAUUCAGUAACAUUUCUGAUGCAAGAGAUUCUUUUAGAAAUGUGGUCGAUCAAAAAGUGAAGACUUAUGCAACGUCCAUUUGUAAACAAAUUCACCCAAGUCACAAAUCAUUUCAUUUUUUUUCUUCAUUAUGAAUGUAUGCAAAUCACUGUCUUUGCUGAUGAUAACAAUAAA